GCCUACGCGCCAUACGGGGAUCCAUAAAGUAACUUAAGGUGAGGCGGUCGGCAGUCAAUAUGCUUCUGUCAAAGUCGGUGUGAGAAGGAGAAGAAGAAAAGAAGAAGAAAGAUAUUUAUCGUCCCCUCUCGCCCUGUCUUGAACGCCGUUUCACGGGAAUGGCUGGGGUCUGGGGGAGUGGAUACCAGACUGUUGCACUCUUGAUAAAGGUAAAGCCAGAGUUAACGUAGUAGAGGUCAAGGAGAUCCACUCCAUCUUCAGUUAUGACCCUCGCAUUCCCCUGACCACAACCCUGUUUCAUCUUGUUUAUCCUCAAACCAAGGAUCAAAAUGGUUCCUACAGAUGAAAACACCACUAUCUUCUCCAUCAUGGAGAACUGCACCAAUUACACCAGCUCCACCAACUCCACCAACUCCACCAACUCAACCAACUCCGCCGAUGCCGAUCUAGAGAUGGACACGACCAAGACGGUGGCUCUGUCCAUAGUGCUGACGGCCUUCCUCUUCUGCGGCGUCCUGGGCAACAUCCUGGUCAUCCUGUCCGUGGUGUGCCACCGCAACCUGCGCUCCGUCACACACUUCUUCAUCGCCAACCUCGCCGCCGCAGACCUGCUGCUCAGCUCCGCCGUGGUGCCGUUCAGCGCCGUCUCCGAGGUCCUCGGCAAGUGGGUGUUCGGCCGGGCCUUCUGCACCGCCUGGGCGGCGCUGGACGUCCUCUGCUGCACCGCCUCCAUCCUCAGCCUGUGCGUCAUCUCCGUCGACCGCUGCCUGGCCGUCACCUACCCCCUGCGCUACCCGGCCAUGGCCACCGAGAAGCGGGGUCUGGCCGCUGUGGUGGUGCUGUGGGUGGUGUCGGCGGGUCUGUCGGUGGUGCCGCUGUUCGGCUGGAAGGAGAGCGACCCGGAGGACGAGACGGUGUGCCUCAUCACCGAGGAGCCGGGCUACGCCUUGUUCUCCAGCCUGGUGUCCUUCUACGUCCCGCUGGCCGUCAUCCUGGCCAUGUACUGCCGCGUGUACGUGGUGGCAAAGCGCAAGUCCCGCCGGAACCAGGGCGGCCCGGCCGGCGAGGGGCUGGCGCUCCGGAUCCACCGCGGGAAGGCCCACGCGGCGGAGAAGGAGGCGGAGGAGAAGGCCGCCGAGACGGAGACGUCGACGUGCGAGCGGCGCGUGCUGGCGCUGAAGAAGUUCCUGACGUUCUCCCGGGAGAAGCGGGCAGCGAAGACCCUGGGAAUCGUCGUCGGUUGCUUCAUCGCCUGCUGGCUACCCUUCUUCCUGGUCUUGAGCAUCGGGUCCUUCUUCCCAUCAUGCAAGCCGUCUGACACAGUGUUCAAAGUGUGCUUUUGGCUGGGCUACCUCAACAGCUGCAUCAACCCCAUGAUCUACCCCUGCUUCAGCCAGGAGUUCAAGAAGGCCUUCCAGAAUGUUCUGUGCUGCCGCUGCUUCCGCCGCAGGCGGAGGCCCACCCUUGGCCACUCCAAGAAGGGCAGUGGUCCCAAGGCGGGCCACAUGAUGGUGUUAAACACUCGGGGGUGCUCCCCUUGCUGCCGCCAGGGCCGGUCCACUUCGUCCGCUAGCGGAGGAAAGUGUGCUCGGUCACUUAAGGCCUGGUGCUUCUCUGCACACGACAGCAGCGGGACGCCCCAAAACGACCACACCACCACAACCAAGGGACAGGCGGAAAAAACCAUGCAAGCCUCCCUGGAAGAGGCCGGUGAUGCAGUGUGAUCUAGAGGUCACUCUCUUUGUACAGCCUAGUGACCAAUGACAUUAUUCUGCAUUGUUUCAUGCCUUGUCAAAUUUGCACUCUUCUGUGGUUAGAACUGCAACAUUCCAGUGUUCAACCUUAAACCGUCGCCAUUCCAGCGUGUGUUAACCAGACGGCACUGGAUUUCAUGUUGCAGCAGCCAAAACCUGUCGAAGUGAUUAGAGAUCAGCCAAAGUCCGCAAAGUGAAUCGACAGUGUACAGUUCUCAAUUGUGUAUAUAAUGUCCCCUUUUUAGCGUUGUUGACAUAGGCCUAACUCUGCUAAUCUGUUGAAGUGGCUGAAUAGCCUGCAGCAGAGUAAUUGAUGAUCAUGUGUUUUAGUGCGUUCCUAUAUUGAGUCGAUGGACAUCAAUGAUCAAUCGACUUCUUACAUUAGGUAAAAACACUGACUGAGAAAUAUUGUAACAGACUCUUAUUGAUUUCAUAAUGAUACAUUAAAUGAUAUAUCGAUCAUCCUGGGUUGAUAGCUUAGUUAAGAGAUGCCAUUGGAAAGAGUAAUCUCUGUUCACCGGUUCAUGUAAACGACAGCGAAGCCCCUGGCCGGAAACUAACCAAGAUCUGACCUCGUACAUAUUCUCCUUGUCCUUCUGUGAACACUAAACAACUCCACUGAUUGGUCUCAAGGUGAACAACAUUGUGUUUUUCUCUAGUCUUAUGUUGCGUCAGCAGUGUGAAGACAAGAGCUCUGUAACUCGUUUGGAUAAUGUGUUGCUCCUGUGUGACUCACUCACGUUCCACUGAUGAGGUGGCUCUCCAUCUGAAGUGCCGAGAGAGACGUUUUUUAUUUUGGCGUGGUGUAAUGAGGAAACAGAAGAAAUGCAUUGACAUCAGUUGAUGUAAAAGUGACUGACAGGCCUCAAUAUCAGAACAGUAGCCUCUGAUGUCCAGCGUUGCCAUGACGAUAUAUAAUUUCAUCCACAAACAAACUAUAUUCGUCUCAUACAAUUUAUCGUCACAUUAAAUUGACGACCAAUAUUAUCAUAUGUCAGGGCAUGUUUGGUAUGUUAUGGAUAGGAAAUUAUUAACAAAGAGUUUGCAAGUGGAGGAACUUACGCUGGGAAAAGAGCCGGAACGCCCAUCACACCCAGGGCCUGUUUCUCUGUGAAGGCAUCGCGCUUUACCUAUUGCUCAGUCUUGAUGUGGUCUUUAACAUUCUAGGUGCACUGUAUAAUAGCCACACUGCUGAUUGUUGCUUGAAAGCUUUUGUAUUGAUUGUUGUACAAGUGCUAUAUCCAAUAACUAAAGAUAGAAUCAACAUUUUUACAUUGUUUCCUUAUUCUUCUUUGUUUCCUUAUUCUAAAUUCUAAAUUAUUCCUUAUUCUUAUUCACUUUUAGUAUUUUCCUGUUUGUUUUUUGUUAAGUGUAUCUACACUGUGUAAUAAGAUGAUACAAGUUUGACUUUCACUACUUUGCAAGUUAAGGAAUUUGUCUGGUUUGUUCAGACCCCAGGUUAAAUGUUGAAAUUGUCUAGUCCAAGUUUGUCAUUUGGAAUAUAAUGGACGUCAAUGGCUCGCCAUUAUAGCAGUCAAAAUAUUUCUUUUUCAAAGUUGAAUGAUUUAACACCAUAUGAAGAUCUCAAAAGGUAAUCAUGUACUACAAUGUGCUAAACUUUGUUCGUAAAAAAAGAAUGACAAAUAAUUGUGUUACAAUUGACAAAAUACCUUUGUAAAUGGUAAAUUAUAGCCACAUUAUAAUUUACACUUUAUACUUUACACUUUUAUAAUUUAUAAUUUAUGCUUUUUAUACCAUCUUUUUUGUUUGCCGAAUUGGUUUUUGUUGUUGUGUUUGUCUGGUCUUCUCCUUACUUUUAGCAUUUCGUUUAGAAUUUACCAUAGCAUAGUAUUUAUAUAGUGUCUACUUUUGUUUCUAUUAGUACUUUGUCUAAUUGUAUUGUAAAUAAAUGUAAAAAUAAUAAUAAUUGUGUUAAAAUAAAAGGUGAAGGUAAAUUA